AUGAAUUAUAUACAUUUUAUUUUAGGUGAUCAUUUAUUUCAUCAAAGUAGUUUACGAAAUCAUCGUAUUCACAUUGAAUCACAACAAACUCAUCAUCAACAUGAUGCAUUAAAUUCAGAUGAAUCUUUAUAUUCAUUAUCAUCACCAGAAACUGAAGAACCAAUCGAUACAGAUUUAUUAUCUGAUCUACCUCGAACAAUACGAACAGAUAAAUUAAUUGAUAAUGAUGACAACGAAAAUUAUAUAUGGCUAUUAGAUCUACAAUUUUCAUUAGCUGGUUGA